UCGUUGAAUUAUUCUGCGCCUUUCCCUCAACUUCAUCUCUAAAAAGGCUAAUUCCCACCACUCUUUCUCUUACAUUCUCUCAAUCCCCAUUCAUCAAACUCUCCAGGGUAGACAUGAUGGAUCAAGCACAUCAUCCAAGUGUUUCCCAGAAGCUAUCAGGGAGUCUUCUUGCAUCAAGCAUGACCCAUUUCCAUGCAUGUGACAACAGUUUGCAGCAACCAGAUCUUUAUCAUAGGCGUGUUCACCGCCAAAACUACACGAAUGCAGCGUUUCAGUACCCGUUGCAGCCACAAACCAAACUUCCCCAUGUGGUUGAACUAUCUCCUGUUUGUGUUCAAGCCCCGUCCGAAAAAGGUCUUGCAGGGUUCCUCACUGAUUUCCUUAUGGGCGGAGUGUCUGCAGCCGUGUCAAAAACAGCUGCAGCCCCGAUUGAACGUAUUAAGCUCUUGAUCCAGAACCAAGAUGAGAUGAUCAAAGCCGGUCGGUUGUCUGAACCCUACAAAGGAAUCCUUGAUUGUUCUCGUCGAACUGUAAAAGACGAAGGUGUUGUGUCAUUGUGGCGAGGAAACACUGCGAAUGUCAUUCGUUACUUCCCUACACAGGCUUUGAACUUUGCAUUCAAAGAUUACUUCAAGAAGCUUUUCGACUUCAGGAAAGAUAGAGAUGGAUACUGGAAAUGGUUUGGGGGUAAUUUAGCAUCUGGAGGUGCUGCUGGUGCUUCGUCUCUCUUCUUUGUUUAUUCACUGGAUUACGCGAGAACGCGUUUGGCGAAUGAUGCUAAGGCUGCAAAGAAAGGUGGUGGAGGAAGGGAAUUUAACGGUUUGGUUGAUGUUUACAAGAAGACAUUGAAAACUGAUGGUAUCGCUGGGCUUUAUCGCGGGUUUAACAUUUCCUGUGUUGGAAUUAUCGUUUAUCGCGGUUUGUACUUUGGGCUAUAUGAUUCUAUAAAGCCCGUCCUUCUAACGGGAAAACUUCAGGAUAGUUUCUUGGCGAGUUUUGCACUUGGUUGGGCGAUCACCAAUGGCGCUGGACUCGCAUCUUAUCCGAUUGACACCGUAAGAAGAAGAAUGAUGAUGACAUCUGGUCAAGCGGUUAAGUACAAGAGUUCAAUGGACGCGUUCACCCAGAUCUUGAAAAACGAGGGGCCUAAGUCUCUUUUCAAGGGUGCGGGUGCCAACAUUCUCCGAGCCGUUGCUGGUGCGGGUGUGCUCUCCGGUUAUGACAAACUGCAGGAGCUCGUCCUUGGCAAGAAGUUUGGAUCAGGUGGAGCUUAAGUGGUUGAUACUGCACACUAUCAUCUCAAAUGAUAACAUUUUUCCGCACUAUAUGCAGUGACGAAAAUGUUACAAAAUUUUGUUUUUAUUAUUAUGUUAGUUUUAAUAACCGGUUGGUUUAGGUAAAACGGUUGUUGGGUGUUACUCUUAACAAUUGUUUUUCCAAGUA